UUGGGUGUUUUACAAAUUUAAAGUAGUUCGAGCUACAAGUUUUCUAAAUUCUCAAUAAAACAUGAGUGCCCAAAUUGGGGAACAGGCAACGAGGGCUGUGCUAAGCUUAGCUACUACACGGUCGCUCGAUCUAUCAGGAGAAACUGAAAAUAUCAGCAAGAUAUUACAGACAACUAGUAACUUGCCGGUUGGUCCAGUGAAUCCCUUUGCCAUAGAAGCCAGUCAACCGGCUGCCGCUUCACAAGUAGACGAUGAGUCCUUCAAAAUUCCAACGGCGAAUCAGAGACCGUUCUCAUAUAGCUUUCAAGGAGCAAUUCGUGAACCACCAGCAUAUCGAUUGGCACGUCCAUCUGUUUCAGUGCCAAGGCCUGGUCAGCCAGACGCUCUUGACUUUACUCCUCGUUCUGCUCGUGGUCGCAGGCGAGCUCCAAGAAGAAUUAUACCGUCAAGCGGUCCAGUCCAAGGUCCAAUCCAUAUAAGUGCAAUGUCACCAGCAGAGCAGCUUGACGAGGUGUCAAUCCCGUAUUCAACAACACUUUCAUUUACAACACCACCUCCAAUUCCGAAUGAAAAUUCCGUUGAAAUGAAUUUUGAUUGGUCAAGGCAACCUCCAACUUUUGAACCAGGCACAUACUCCACACCUAUGGAACAAGCCAGAGUAUCCAUACCAGAAGAUAUUGUGGACAUAUCAUUUCCGGAAGACACUCCUCCCUCAUUUACGUCAACAUUAAGCUCCCCGGGCAGUUUCGGCUCAUUCAGAAUCGAUCCUCCUUCGUACGGUGAUGUAGGACUGUAUGGUAGACCUGCCCAGCCAGAGCAGCGUUCGUAUGAGGCUCCACCUCCGUCUACAUCAGCAUCACCUUCGUUCAGGAUCGCUCGUCGUCCGUACGGUGAUGUACGACUACAUGGCCGACCUGUACAGUCUCCACCUCUACCACCCUCCGCGGACAGCACAGGCUCAUUCAGGAUUGCUCGUCGUCCGUACGGUGACGUACGACUGCGUGGCAGACCUGUGCAACCGGAGUUGCGUUCGUAUGACGCUCUACCUUUCGUUACACCGGAACAACCAUCGUUUAGGCUUGCUCGUCGUCCAUACGGUGACGUACGACUGCAUGGUAGACCUGUGCAACCAGAAGAGGCUACACCGGAAGCCCCCUCCGCGGACACUACUGGCUCAUUUAGGAUAUCGCGUCGUCCGUACGGUGACGUACGACUGCAUGGUAGACCUGCACAACCAGAAGAAGUUACACCGGAGCCAUCAUCCGCGGACACCACGGGCUCAUUCAGGAUCGCCCGUCGCCCGUACGGUGACGCACGACUGCAUGGUAGACCAGUGCAGCCAGAGCUGCGUUCGUAUGAUGCUCUACCUUUCGUUACACCGGAACGACCGUCGUUUAGGCUCGCUCGUCGCCCAUACGGUGAUGUACGACUUCAUGGGCGACCUGUACAACUAGAAGAGGCUACACCGGAACCCCCCUCCGCGGAUACCACGGGCUCAUUCCGAAUCGCCCGUCGCCCGUACGGCGACGUUCGACUACAUGGCAAACCUGUGCAACCGGAGCUGCGUUCGUAUGAUGCUCUACCUUUUGUUACUCCGGAACCACCAUCGUUUAGGCUUGCUCGUCGUCCAUACGGUGAUGUACGACUGCAUGGCAGACCUGUGCAACCAGAAGAGGUUACACCGGAACCACCCUCCGCGGACACGACGGGCUCAUUCAGGAUCGCCCGUCGCCCGUACGGUGACGUUCGACUGCAUGGUAGACCAGUACAGCCAGAGCUGCGUUCGUAUGACGCUCUACCUUUCGUUACACCGGAACAACCGUCGUUUAGGCUUGCUCGUCGUCCAUACGGUGAUGUGCGACUUCAUGGGCGACCUGUACAACCAGAAGAGGUUACACCGGAGCCACCCUCCGCGAACAGUACGGGCUCAUUCCGAAUCGCCCGACGCCCGUACGGUGACGUACGACUGCGUGGCAGACCUGUGCAGCCGGAGUUGCGUUCGUAUGAUGCUCUACCUUUUGUUACACCGGAACCACCCUCAGCGGGCUCAUUCAGGCUCGCCCGUCGUCCGUACGGUGACAUACGACUGCAUGGCAGACCUGUACAACCAGAAGAGGCUACACCGGAACCAUCCACCGCGGACACCACGGGUUCAUUCAGGAUCGCCCGUCGUCCGUACGGUGACGUACGACUGCACGGUAGACCAGUGCAGCCAGAACAAUCCUUGGAAGAUAUUGUCAGUCCUGAAAGUGUAGCUGAUUAUGAGCAGUUUGAUGUACAGGAUGUACGGUCAAGCACAAUGAAUCAGAGUCGGCUGACACCCUUCGGAAGUCAUGGUGGAAGGAGAAGAGUAGAGGUUGGAUCGAGGUUGGCCAGUGGCUGGAGUCGAUCGGAACGCUUGGAAGAUAUUGAAGAGGAGUUUGCUCCGGACCUCAGUUCAACACUAUUGGAUGAAGUAGAGCCCCCAAAGGACGCUGAUGCUGUCAGUGAGCUGUUCGAGAGGAUAUCCCAUCAAGCGGAUGAACUACGGAGCAGGAAUGAAUAGGGAUAGGAAGAAGGCUUAGGGUGGAUGAGAAAAUAUGGACUUUAGACAGUACUUUGGUAGCUUAGUAGGUCAUGACAUGUGUAUUUUGAAAUGUAU